UGGCAUCGGGGACAGCUUUGGCAGCUUUGUUAUAACCCACCCCAGCCCCUCAGGAUUCCCAGGGCUGCGACAGGACCUGGGAUGGAUUUUUCCUACAGAAGGAUCCAGGCAGGAUCCAGCCCCUGAGCCCGGUGGGGUGACAGUGGAGGGGACGCUCGGGAAGCCUCGGGGACCCCCGUCCAUCCCCAGGCAUCACCUGCAGCUUCCACACCGACACCUGCCCGGAGCCUCCCGGCUCCCGUCCCCACCCUGCGGCAAAAUCAAAUGGGAGCCGAGUUCUGGGGCUGGAAAUCCAGUCAAAUGUCACCCGCGCUGGGCUGUCUCAGGAUGUUGAACCACGAUGGUCAUUUCCUGCCCAGCAAGCGGCCACCGAGCCCACCCGAGCUCCGUGCCCAGAGGCGCUUGAGCUGCCGAGCCCAGAGGAUCCCCGCGCUCCCGAGCAGCCCCUGCGCAGCCCUCGCUCGGCCGCCGCCACCAGGAUGACCGAGGUGACCACUGUCCCCACGGAGACACGCACUGUCCCGAGCGAGUACGCGGAGUACCACAACUUCUCUGAGCUAUUCUACCUCCUGAACCACACCUACACCUACUGUGAGUUCAGCCUGGAUGAGAACGUCAAGAGGGUGAUUCUCUUCAUCCUCUACCUGGUCAUCUUCGUGGUGGGCUUGGUGGAGAACCUCCUGGUUAUUUGGGUCAACUGGCAGACCCGGGGCAACAAGAGCUUGGUCAACCUGUACAUCAUCAACAUGGCCAUCGCUGACCUCGGGGUGCUGCUCUCGCUGCCCAUCUGGAUGCUGGAGGUGAUGCUGGAUUACACCUGGCUCUGGGGCAGCUUCCUCUGCCGCUUCACCCACUACUUCUACUUUGCCAACAUGUACGCCAGCAUCUUCUUCCUCACCUGCCUGAGCGUGGAUCGCUACGUGACCCUGAGCAGCUCCUCCCCGUUCUGGCACCGGCACCAGCACCGCGCGCGUCGCGCGGUCUGCGCCUGCAGCUGGCUCCUGGCCGCCGCCAUCCCCGUGGUGGAGGUGACUCACAUGCAGCUGGUCAACACCGGGGAGCCCAUCUGCAUCUUCAUGGCCCCCUUCGAGACCUACGACGAGUGGGCGCUGGCGGUCAGCUUGGCCACCACCACCAUCGGCUUCCUCAUCCCCUUCCCCGUCAUGGCGGUGUUCAACGUGCUGACGGCGCGCUUCCUCCGGCGCACCAAGCCCGAGAGCCGCAAGCACUGCCUGCUCAUCUACGCCUACAUCGGGGUGUUCCUGCUCAGCUGGCUGCCCUUCCACGUGGUGCUGACGCUGCUCACCCUCGAGGGCAACCACAUCAUCCUGAACUGCACCUUCGCCCACCUCCUCUACUUCUUCUACGACGUCAUAGACUGCUUCACGCUGCUCCACUGCGUCAUCAACCCCAUCCUCUACAACUUCCUCAGCAAGAACUUCCGCAGCAAACUCAUCUCUGCCGUGGUCAAGUACAUCCCAAAGGACCACGGUGGUCAGAGGGGCGCCGGCAGCUCCUCCUCCAGCACGCAGCACUCCAUAGUCAUCGCCAAGGAUAACAGCCCUCCCAAUUAAGGGGGGUCAGACUCUCCCAGCCUCCGUCGUGGUGGCUCUUUGGGGACAGUGGCAUCGGUUUUCCUGUUGCUGAGGACACAAUUUGCUCUAGCACGGCCCUUCUUGGCUGGGCACCUCCCGUGGCAGGAUGAGGUGCAAGGUUUGAGGAGAGCUGGGAGCUAUGGACAUCUUGCCUCUGGGGUGCUGCUGUGUCCAAACUAAAGAAAGGAUAAAAUUAUAUUCCCUGUUUGACAAGUGAAAUAAUAAAGCCUGUUACUCCACUCAGUGUCUGACACGAGCCAGCCCCGAGAUCAGAUCAGAUCCUGCCCCAAGCCGUGGGGUGGAGAGCACGAUCUGCCCCAUCUCAGGUGUUCCCCAAACUGUCCCUGACCCCCAGCCCUGGGCACGGCACUGCCUGGUGAGUGCCAUCCCGAGAGAGAGAGAAGGAAUCAUUCCUUGGGGACACAAACCUUCCCUCGCUGUGCCCAGCAACAUCCAGAGCCUGAUUUUUGAGAGAUGAAGGCGAAGCAGCCCAAGGAGCUGAGCAGGGCACAAACCUGAGGGGAGGAACAAUUUGGAUUCCACAUCAGCCACUCCUUCAGAACAAUUUUGCAAACCCAGUGGUAAAUUAGCGAUGGCUAAACUGGGUUUGACUGGCAAGGGCUGCUCCAGACUGACUCUGGGUUCCCCAUCCUGUUAACUCCAGCCUCCUCUGGAGCAUCCCCUGGCAGGUUUUUGUGGCCACUGGGUGCAUUUCUCAACCCCAUCAGGCUCCAACAGCCCCUUCCCCUCCCACCAAAGCCCCUGUGGCAGCACAGGCACGUGCAGAAAACCUUGGAGCUGGAGCACAGGCUGGGCUUGUGCUGUGCAGGGAACUGGAGCAUCCGGAGAAAGUUCAUUCUUGUCUGGAUCCUGAUCUGAGUCACGUGCUGAGGGCUGAGCCCUCGCUGGGGGAAGGUGACAGUGACAGGCACCGGGGCCCAUAAAUCUACCAAAGGCCUUGAGCUGCUCGAGGAACACGCCGUGGAAAAAGCAAAGCGUAAGCAGUUCUGGGGACAGGAUGCUGGCACAGGGGGAGGGAGCAGGAUGUCCCAGGAGAAGUCCAUGACCAGGGGUUAAGAUGGAUACGGGGUUAUCGUGGGGCUGGCUGGGAAAGCUCUGCCAGUUCCAGGGGUUCUUGAUGGGGUAAAACCCCAAAUACAAAACCCUAAAUACCUCCAGGUUCCUUCUGCAGGGAUGUUCCUCUGUAUGCUGGGACAGGAACACUGAGGGAGAAAUCCAAAUCCACGUCUUGCACAGAAACCCUGGGAAGGCUCCAGCCCCUCCAUCAGAAUUCCCUGCUCAGAGCAGCAGCUCAGGCUUCCCCUUCCUCUGCUCCUCACACCUGUGAGUGCAGAACCCCAGGGGCUGCAAGACCCCAGAGAUCUGCACCCUCUUCAUCCCCCGAUCCCAAAUCCUCCCUUUGCUAAUUCCCUCCAGUUUCCAAUGGAUAAAUGGAUUAUAAAUACACAAUCAGCCACACAUCAGGGCAAAAACAUAUUCAAGAGACUUAAACAAGUAAAAUGUGGUGUUUCACCUAAUAAACUAAAUUUUUAGCUGUC